AUGUUUAAAUAUUUCGCAUUCUUCGCCCUCCUCGCUGUCGCCGCCGCCAAACCUGGUCUGUUCGCCGAGACACAUACCGUUGUGCAACCAGCUGUAGUUGCUAAAACUGCCUACGUCGACACUAGCGCCUCCUCGGCCAUCACCCACCAGAGUCACGUGAACUUGGUCAGGAAGGUGCCAGUUGUACCAGUAGUCCAUGCUGCUCCGGUCGUCCACGCUGCUCCGGUCGUACAUGCUGCUCCAGUCGUCCAUGCUGCCCCCGUUCUGAAGACCAUUGCCACACCAGUGGUGCACGCCGCUCCAGUCGUCCAUGCUGCACCCGUUCUGAAGACGGUCGUCACUCCAGUGGUUCAUGCCGCCCCGGUGGUGCAUGCCGCCCCUGUUUUGCCAGUCGUGCACUCAGCACCUCUUAUUAAGACUGUUGUCUCAUCUCCUGUUGCUUACAGCAUCCACCACUAA